CCUGGCCACUCACUUUGUGAUGUCUCGCGUGGGGGGAAUGCUUUGAAUACCUGCGACAUGGUAGCGAGCAUUGAUUGUCGAGAUUGACAGCACCAAAGAGUGAGAGAGAGACAGACGGACAGAGAGUUGGAGAGAGAGCGAGAGAGAAAGAGAGACUUGAGAAAGAGAGAUAGAGAGAGAGAGACUUGAGAGAGAGAGCGAGAGCAAGAGAGCAAGAGAGAGUUCGAAAAAGAGGGAGGGAGAUAAAGAAGAGCGCAACAAAAGCUAUACUUGUACUUUUGGACAGCUCAACUUCUGCGAGCGCACGCGGGACCCCCGAUUCUGAUGCAGGCGCCGCGUUGACACAAAGAAGAAGACUUUUUAACUUGAACCGUUCAUUCACUUGUUUUGUUGUUACGACACGGAGAGGACACACGCGCCGCGUUCUCCUCGACUUACGUCGUCAAGGUCAUUUACAUGAAUUCGGAAUCAACGUGGCAGUGAGUAGCUGGAAACUGGGGAGCGAGUCUUUCAGUUUUUAACCCCACACGCUGACAUGGAAGGCUUUCUUCGUAGCAGCUUUUUACUGAGCAGAGUCAUGUCUACCAAGCAAGCCACGUCUCCUUUUGCCUCUGUGGUUGAUGGAGAUGAUGCCAUGAGCCAGGAUCACUUGUCUUGGGAAAAAGAGGAGACCGCUGAUGCCCACUGCACACCGCAGCUGCCGCUGCACAAUCUGCUCCAUGGAAAAGCCCAUCCCGAUGAAAUUCAGCCGCUAAGCAGCGUACCUUCAGAGAGUGACUGGGACAGCUUGGUGUCUGCCCAACAACGCAUGGAAUCUGACAGCAAUAAAGUAUGUUCGCUGUACUCCUUCCGCAACAAUUCCACUUCCCCGCACAAGCCUGAGGAGGGGGCGCGGGAGCGAGGCGACCUGCUGAGCGCAUCAGCGUUUGGAACUCCGGAGCGCCGCAAAGGAAGCCUGGCAGACGUGGUGGACACACUCAAGCAGAAGAAGCUGGAGGAGAUGACAAAGACAGAGCAAGACGACUCAUCCUGCAUGGAGAAACUACUUUCUAAAGACUGGAAGGAAAAGAUGGAGAGGCUCAACACAAGCGAUCUUCUCGCUGAUGUCAAAGGUACUCCUGAGAGCCUGGCAGAGAAGGAACACCAGCUCUCCACAAUGAUCAGUCAGCUGAUCAGCUUACGAGAGCAGCUCCUGGCCGCCCACGAUGAACAGAAGAAGCUGGCCGCCUCUCAAAUGGAGAAACAGAGGCAGCAAAUGGAGUUGGCGCGUCAGCAGCAAGAGCAGAUUGCCAGACAACAGCAGCAGCUUCUGCAGCAGCAGCACAAGAUCAACCUUCUUCAGCAGCAGAUUCAGCAGGUCCAGGGUCACAUGCCUCCGCUCAUGAUCCCCAUUUUUCCACACGACCAACGCACUCUGGCAGCAGCCGCCGCCGCCCAGCAAGGCUUUCUCUUCCCUCCGGGAAUGUCUUAUAAGCCAGGUGAUAACUACCCCGUGCAGUUCAUUCCCUCCACAAUGGCAGCUGCGGCAGCAUCAGGACUCAGCCCUCUCCAGCUGCAGCAACUGUACGCUGCCCAACUUGCCAGCAUGCAGGUCUCUCCUGGAGCCAAGAUGCCUCCACUCCCGCAGCCCCUCACUGCCAGUGGGCCCAUUUCCCCCUCCUCUCUGAAGAACGACAAGAGUUCCGCCAGUCCUAUCACUCAAGUCAAGGAGGAAGGAACACAGCCGCUCAACCUUUCAGCACGGCCGAAAACAACAGACAUGGUCAAGUCGCCAACUUCUCCAACGCAAAAUCUCUUCCCCGGCUGCAAAAGCAACCUAAACAGUUUCGCUAAUAAGGGUGGUAUCCCCAGCCCACUUGGAAUAGGCCUAGGCCGUGGCUCCUCAUUAGACAUACUGUCAAGUCUCAACUCUACGGCACUGUUCGGGGACCAGGACACGGUGAUGAAGGCCAUCCAGGAGGCUCGUAAAAUGAGGGAGCAAAUCCAGCGGGAACAGCUGCAACACCACCAGGGCAUGGAGGCAAAGCUGUCCGCCCUCACCGCAGUUGGCCUCAACAACUGCAGAAUUGACAAGGAAAGGACACAUUUUGACGGAAUCGGGCACCACCUCGGCAAGCUGGGUGAGGACGGGAAGAUUGGCCACAGAGUUAUUGACCUUACCAGGCCUGAGGAUCUUGAUGGAGGUACUGGGUCAGCGGAAGCAAGAGUCUUCAGGGAGUCCAGAGGGAGGAACAGCAACGAGCCGCACAUUAAGAGGCCGAUGAAUGCGUUUAUGGUGUGGGCCAAAGAUGAGCGGCGCAAGAUCCUCCAGGCUUUUCCGGACAUGCAUAACUCCAAUAUAAGCAAGAUUUUGGGAUCCCGGUGGAAGUCCAUGUCCAACCAGGACAAGCAGCCGUACUAUGAAGAGCAGGCCCGCCUGAGUAAGCUCCACUUAGAGAAGUACCCCAACUACAAGUAUAAGCCCCGGCCUAAGAGGACUUGCAUAAUUGACGGCAAGAAGCUGCGCAUCGGAGAAUACAAGCAGAUGAUGCGCUCACGGCGACAAGAGAUGAGGCAGUUCUUCACGGUGGGGCAACCACCACAGAUUCCCAUCACUACAAGCGCCAGUAUGGUCUACCCCGGGGCCAUCGCCAUGGCAACGACGACGCCCUCACCCCAAAUGACAUCAGAGUGCUCAAGCGCAUCAGCAAGUCCUGAGCCAACCAUCCCCGUCAUUCAGAGCACCUUCAACAUGAAGCUGGAGGCCAACAACGUAGCCAACAACAGCGAGACAGUCAACGGCGAGGACGACAUGGACAUGUAUGAAGACUUCGAGGAUGAGCCCAAAUCAGACUAUAGUAGUGAAAAUGACGCACAAGAGCCGGUCAGCGCCAACUAAUGGACGCCUAGCCGCAAGGGUUAAGACGGCACCACCGAGGUUUGAAAGUGCUCACAAGGAAGACGAAAACAUGAUGCAAGCCAGCAUGCACAUGUGGCUUCGGUAAUCCCCCAAAAAAGCUAUUUGGUCUUAAGCAUUUCUUCGUGUGUAUGUGUGCGUGUGUGUGUGUGUAGCUAUACUUUUUUUCUCAUGUCAUUGUGAUCAUGGACAUCAAAAACAAAAUGGCUGUGACCUAGAACAGAACUUGAAAUCAAACAUUUGCUCAUUCUUACGGUUAUUGACCUUGUUUCUGAACCAUUUCGGGACAUAUCAUAUGUGUCUCACUCAGGUAUCGUGUGCCAGCCAACAGCUUGUGAAUGUGUCUGAUCAUUGUGGCGACAUCACCAGUACAAAAGGUCACAAGAUUCCAAAAUGCUUCGGUAUCGGUACAAUGUAUGCUAUUAAACUCCCGAGGUCGUGCAUCAGUGCCACAUAAGUAAUUUAUAAGGUUAAAUCAGUGACAAUUAAUCCAGAUUCAUUAUCUAUCCAAAUACAAGUCAGCAAGUUGAGAACGGUUUCCUGUAAUCAUGACCCAAACCCUCGUCCAACAAACUCACAACAAAGCAGUACCGCAUCUCCGUUCACUUUUUCCCAGUUUUACUAGCCAUUCCCAGUCAGCAAUAUGAUAAUCUGAGUGAUUGUAAUCAGGCCAGAAUGCUCCAGGGCCAACAGGGCGCCAAUCCGUCAGAUUGGAAGAGCAGCAAAAGGCAGCUUUGGAGGCAUUACAAUCUCAAAUUGUGUAGCGACACAACAUUCUCUUAAACGCUUUAGCCCCAUUUGGAGGGCAAGUUUAAAGUCUUAGCUCCUAAACUUUUUUUUAAUUCUUUUUCGACAUUGUAAAUCUUAAAACGGACACUAAGAAGUCUUAAAGCGAAGCACAGUCAUUGGGUCGACGCAGUGACUUGAUUACUGGCGCAGUCUUAAGACGUGAGGACAUUUGUAUAAUAGACAACUUAAAACAUUGGUCAAGUGCACUUAUAUCAUUGUGUCCCCUUUUAAACCACAUCUCAACAGGGGCCUUGUUUUGUCUAUGCUCAGGGUGUCCAAACUUUUUCUUGAAAGGGAUGUCUACAGGAAAAAAGGAUGAAGGAUGCAUGACAUUCUUUACCUUUAAACACCGUGUAAAGUGAAUUCAGAAGUUUGCUUCCAACUAUUUCACACGUUUGAAGGUAAUUGCUGAUGUAAGACUCCAUUUUGGAGGUAUAGCUUUACACCAUUUGAGUUUUAGUGUUUUUUGAGGACAUGGCUAAAAUGGUGCCAACUUGCCAAGUGACGAAGGAGUUACCUGUCCCCUACUAAAACAGAUGCCUGAUAAAUUUGGAUCUAUUUUUCCAGGUGGUAGUAUGACACACCGUGUCACUUUUCACAUUUUUGAAUCCAUUUAAUACAUUUGGUAAAUCAUUCAGUUUUGGCAGGCUUGUGAACAACUCUCAAACAUAGACAUUUAUAUUCACACAGGUCUUCAAGAAAAUAGUGCUAACAAUUGUAACUGAUGCUAUUCAAAAUAUUAUUUUAAUUGUAGUUUUUUGAAAUGCUGUCUUUUGAAACGAUUUACAAAUUUAUUUUCUUCCGCACUGUAGUGUAAAGCAGGCAAACAACACGGCCCAAUCCUAUUUUUGUUUUUUUUUCCUGAAAAUGGCCCCUGAGCCAUAGUUUGGACACCCUUGCUCUAACGGCUGACAAGUGACCUCCUUGGCUCAAUAAAGCUUCUUGAGCAGUCAAAGCCUCCAUUUUGAGACCUAGAUCCUCUUUAUAGGGCACAAGGUUUAAGUGGCUCCCCCCCCAUGCCUUGACCCCUGCCCGGAGUAGCCCGAGUCCACAGGGGGCGCCAUCUGGCUCUGAGAGAACACACAGGGCCAACAAUAGAAGCGAAGGUGCGCGUCCCUCCAUCAAAGUGCUGGAAGUGAGGCCUCGGCAGGGCUCGCGCCACGGCCCGGUCGCCAGGCGCUGGCGAGCAGAUGGAACAAGUACAUCAAGCUGUGGGGGAUUAUUAAAAUGACUGACGACUGGAUAUCAUGUGAAAUGCAGCAUUAUUAAUGCAUGACUUGGGUUAUUCCCCCCGCUUGCCCUUGAAUCUGUCCAUUUCACAUCCCACCGGCCCAUCACUAGAUCUCCACUACAUUUCCUCCCAAUUGUUAAACCUUUGUAACACUUCAUCCUAAUUUCGGACGCAUCCGUCUUCUGUCUCAUGAGUUAUAUUUUAUUUAUUGUCCUUAUGUUUUAAACUUAAGCUACAACACACACAACAUACAAUAGAGUGGAUCUCCUGACAACUUGUGUUACUCCUGUCUGCUGGUGGUUGGACGGAUUUGUUUGUGAUUGUAAAUAUCGUCAAUAUGACCAUGCCUCACAUAUUCAAUGGAGGCUACCUACAAAGGACUGAAACUUGACUCUGCUCAUAUGGCGAAAAGACAGAAAAAAAGAAAAAAAACUCACUGGGGGAUAAAACAAUAAGACGAACUCAUAAAGGAGAAGCUGUUUUAGAAGUGUUUGAAGCACUGGAUAUAAAUUGUAUUUUUGAUCAAUUCUGAUUAAUGUGAAUCUGUUUGAGGAUUAAAAAAAAUACACACCAUGAAUUAACUAAAGUCCCCAGUCGGACUCAUGUGGGUUUGCUCUCACAGUUGCCAGAUUUUAGUUUUUUUCUGUUGUUGUCUUUUUAGUUUAUUUAUGCAAAUGGUGAACACUUUGCUGAGGCUGCCUUUGAGAAAAACUUAAAAUUUGACAGCAGGCUUCCUUUAGCCAGGAAACACCAGAGUGUUGUUUAUGAAUCUAUUGUUGUAUUUAUUACAAGCUACCAGAAUUGUCAGUAAAACAUCAAAAGGACAAUCAGAGAACCAGAAUGAGAAAAAAAAUGCCUGAUGAAUUGGGAGUUUAAAAAUUCACCAUCUCAUUUAGAUUUUAUUGUACAUAUCUAAGAAAUCUAUUUUUAUUUGAUUAUUUAGGAAAUAAGUUAUGUAUGUGGCUAAUCUAUUUGAUUUUGUUCAUAUUUUUCUGUGAGUUUACCUUUGAAAAAAUGUCAUUGUAUUUUGAGAAGAUGCUGAAUUACACAUCUGGCUGAGUUCUGAUAAUCAUUCCUGGACUAAUUCAAAUCAAUCAAUCAAACAAUUAAUCAAUCAAUCAAUCAAUCAAUCAAAACAAGCUACAAUGGUGCCUUUAGAUACGAUUUUAAUUCCUUCCAUAAUUCAAAACAGUCGUGUCUCAAAUCAUCCUUUGGUACAGAAAUGAAUGGAAAGCCAUUAAUCCGUUACAAACUCUCCAGAAAAAAAAAAAGAACAGUGUUGCAAUGUGUUUUUCAAGAAGGAAAAUAUUACUCUAUAAUAAUUUAUAAAAUGCAAUGUAGUAAAUACUUAAAUAGAAUGUUUGUGCAUCAUGAUAAUUUUAGUAUGCACAAUCUAUAUCGCGGUCAUAUAAAUAGUUUUAACACCGUGAUUUGUUAGCCCGUCAAUGCCAUUUUGUAUCAUGUGUUAGCAUUAAGCUAGCGGAAGAUAAUGUUUGUUUGUUUGUUUGUUUUAAAUAGUAACAGUAUACUUCAACAUUAAACAUCUUGAAGCCUCUUUUUUGAAGAAUAUUGCCUAAAUAUAUCUGGUAAACAGUACCAAGCAGUACUCAUAGCUGGAAUGGUUGCUCACAAGUCAAAGGAAAGAAAUGAAUGAAAAUUUGUAUCUCAAGGCACCGAUGCAUCGCUCUUCUAGGAGAGUAAAAGUAGUGUAUUCACUUCAACAAAAAGCACUUGAUGUAAAAGAAUCAGAUCUUAAUCGGGAUACAACUAAACAGCACUAAAUGGUGACAAACAGUCGUGCAUUGACAUCAUCAAGUGUGAUUAUAUUCAACACACUUGCUGUUUUCUCUCAUUUGAAAAGUGAGAAUAUGCAUAUAUUUAUUAGUGGCAAAAUGCUGUUCUCUUCUUGCCAAGUGUUUUCUUCUCAUACUUUUAAUGAAUAAUUUUUUUAUCCAUCCAUGUUUUCUUGUAAUCCUCCAUGCAAAUGGAUUGACUGAACAACUGAGGACAAAAAGCGCAUAUGCUGGUUCAAACCUUUUACUGUAGUUUUUUUUCCUUCUUCUCUCGGAGCGAGGAAUAUGGUGGGGAUAUUGUGUGUUAAUUUAAUCAGCACAAUUCACUGACAUGCUGGACUGACUUACUAGCUGCUGUUCAGAAGGGCAACAUAAUGUUUGAUGUUGUUCUAUAGAGGUACUUUUUGCUUUGUAGUUGUCUCUCAAGCAACACUGUGUCAGGCUCUUCCUUUACCCGAGCCUUGAUUUCUCUCUUUUUUUUUAUUUUUUUUUUAUUAGCUGGCAGUCUGCGUAAAUAUAUGAAUAUACGUACGUUUCCCCCCCUGACAGGUACCUACAGUAGGCAAAUGGAAGGUAUUGUUUGGGUGUUAUCUGAGAGAAAAAGAAUUACAUAGUGUCUGUUGCUGCUUUAAAAAAUGUUUAUGUCUGAAUAUGUAAAUAGUUUAUCAUAUCUUGUACAGUCCAAUGUAAAGUUUUUAAUUCAACUUAAUAAUGUUGCCAUCUAUGUGUUCACAUUCUUUAUACAUGACAAAAGAUUAUUUGCUAUGUGAUAUUGCUGAAAAGAACAAAAAUGUUUGUUUUGUUUGUUUGUUUGGCUUCCUUGUGUCCACCAGCAGCUCUUUGGUUUCCAUGUUCAGUAUUGACGUGUGCUAAACUUAAGGUGAAUCUUUUGGCAGUGUAUGUGAGCGUGUGUGCUUGCGCGUGUGUAUGUGUGUGUGUGUAUGUGGCGCAAUCUCUCUGGCUUUGGUAGUAUUACUCUAUAAAGUUCAAACAAACCGAGACGUCACUAAAUAAACAAUAUAUUUGGGUGCAUUUAGGCAUCAUGAAAAUGUGCACACUGUCUAAAAAAAAAUAAAGAACUAAAGGAUCCCGGCAAGAAUCAGUUGAGGCAUUUUAUGGUGUAUUAGCAUUACUGUAUGUGUCAAUCCAUUGUAACAAUAUGACAGGAGGCUGGCUAGCGGCCUGUUUACUACGCUCAUUUACCUCAAGAAGUUCCUCCCUUUGUGUAAAAGAGAAUAAAAGUGUGUUGCAGAGAGCUUCUCACAUCACUCCAUCUUUUGUACUGCUGUUGACACUUACACAUUAAAGAGGCAUUUUGUUUAAACACUG